ACUGUCCAUUGAUACAAGUCUUGCCAAAAAUCUAGCUCUGGUGCGGUCUGGUCAUUACAGUGUCACCACCGUCUUACAUAAGACAUUAAACCCUCGUGUUUCGUGCAUACACAUACACAAGUGUUUCUUUCCGGGCUUCUUGAAAGCUCCGAAUAUACAUACGUACAAUUCGUAGUUGAUUCACAUACAAAUCUCGUGAAAAUGAAUGCUCUAGCCGCCACCAACCGGAAUUUUCGCCUUGCAUCUCGCAUUCUCAACUUGGAUUCGAAGCUUGAGAAGAGUCUGCUGAUCCCCUUCAGAGAAAUCAAGGUUGAAUGUACUAUUCCAAAAGAUGAUGGAGAACUAGUGUCUUUUGUUGGGUUUAGGGUGCAGCAUGACAAUGCUCGUGGACCCAUGAAAGGGGGCAUUCGAUAUCACCCUGAGGUUGAUCCUGAUGAAGUGAAUGCGCUGGCUCAACUGAUGACUUGGAAAACUGCUGUCGUAGACAUUCCUUAUGGUGGUGCAAAGGGUGGGAUAGGAUGCUCACCUAGGGAUUUAAGUAACAGUGAGCUAGAACGUCUUACGCGUGUCUUCACUCAGAAAAUUCAUGAUCUGAUUGGCGUUCAAACUGACGUUCCUGCACCAGAUAUGGGCACCAACGCUCAGACCAUGGCUUGGAUUUUGGAUGAGUACUCAAAAUUUCAUGGGCAUUCACCAGCUAUUGUGACGGGGAAACCUAUAGAUCUUGGUGGUUCAUUGGGCAGGGACGCAGCAACCGGACGUGGUGUUGUUUAUGCAACACAAGCUUUAUUAGCCGAACAUGGGAAGUCCAUUGAAGAUACAAAGUUUGCUAUUCAGGGUUUCGGGAAUGUUGGAUCAUGGGCAGCAAGGCUCAUUCAUGAGAGAUUUGGAAAGGUUGUCGCCGUGAGUGAUAUCACUGGAGCAGUCACAAACCCAGAUGGGAUUGAUAUACCAGCAUUGCAAUGGCAUAAAGAGGAAACAGGGAGCUUAAAGAAUUUCAGCGGUGCGGACGCGAUGAAUGCUGAGGACUUGCUUGUGCAUGACUGUGAUGUUCUUAUACCAUGUGCAUUGGGUGGUGUUUUGAACAGAGAAAAUGCAGGUGAUGUGAGGGCAAAAUUUAUAAUUGAAGCAGCAAACCAUCCCACAGAUCCUGAAGCUGAUGAGAUUCUAUCUAAGAAAGGAGUUAUAGUCCUGCCAGAUAUCUAUGCAAAUGCUGGAGGCGUGACUGUCAGUUAUUUUGAGUGGGUUCAGAACAUACAAGGGUUUGCAUGGGCCGAGGAACAGGUGAAUAAGGAACUGAAGAGGUACAUGAAAAGAGCUUUUCUUAAUAUGAAGAGCAUGUGCCAGACACACAACUGCGACCUUCGGAUGGGCGCAUUCACACUUGGUGUGAAUCGGGUUGCUCGUGCUACCAUGUUAAGGGGUUGGGAGGCAUAAUUGGUCAAUUAGUGGCAUUUACUUGUUUCUGACAUGCUUAACUAUGGAAGUUUGAAAUUACUAAUUUACUAUGUACCCCAUGGGUAUACAAUUGGGUAAAACUAAUAUACAGCCUGACAAGUGACCAGGUUCAACUUUGAGCUUUGGUCACUUUAUUCUAAAUUGCAACUUAUUUCAAGAGAGUA